AAGCUCGAAAUCACAGUAGCAGUUGCCUCUUAGGCUCAUUAGGCUCUUAGGCUCAUUCACAGUGAAAUGGACAUUUUCUCGUUGACAGAUAAACUGACAUUCAUAGAAAACAAGCAAAUGGAUAAGUGUCCUAGAAAACCCCAUCUCCUUAGACUCUCCUUCUUCACAACGAAACCUCAUUUUUGACCAGGAAAUUUAGCAAAAUUGUAAUUGCAGAAAAUUGUUUGGUACUGGGAUCUCUAAACAUCCACACAAAGUUAACAAUAGUGUCACAUGCUCAAUGCUCCAAUCAGAAAUUGUGUCAAUCUAGUAUUUAAACUAUUGAUCCAUGUUGAAUAAUGAAGUUGUAGGUGGUAUUUUUCAAACCAGUGGAAAGCUCAUAUUAUUUCUUUCUUCAUAAAUGUUCAUUUGCCCAAGCAAGAGGAGAGUGCAGCCGAAACAUUCAAGGUCUGAUAAAAACAGAGGUCUGAUAAUAAACGAAAACAUUGGUGACUCCAAUUGGACCAUAUUUUAUUUUACUUUUAGUCUAACUAUUUACUUGACCAAAUGAAAUGAUACAUUGUUUAGACUCUUAAGUACAAUGUUAGCAAUGUUAUGUCAAACAUAAAAGUUUGCUGCUCCUCAUGUGGCUACUCGGAGAUCUCAAAGUCUGGCAAAGAAACAGCUGUGUACUUUGUUAAUGCAGAGUGGUUCAUUAUAUAAAUGAUUACAUUUAUUUGAUAUCUGUCACACAUACAUGUUGGCCAUAAAAUAUCAGAGCUAAGUUGACAUUGUCUGCCCUGUGUGGUAAAAAUGUGUCUUUUAUUACAACAGGAGCAUUUUUUUUCCCAACUUAGUACCUGACCUGGCACCUGCCCCUACUCUGUCCAAGCUCAAGAAGCACCCACCUUUUUUCUUUUUUUUUUUUUGUAACAUUUGAUCGACACUUUAACAUUGUUACACAUUUCAGAAUUUGGCCAAUUGCAGUUUCUCUGUUUUCUGAGUGUGAGCAUUGUUGUUGCAGAUAGUUUGUGAAGCACAGCCAUUCAUUCUUGAAUGUUUUCUCUGUGUUUGUUGCUGCUUUAUUGUUCUCGUUUAUUGUCUUUUUGUGGACAGUAGAAGAACCUUAAAAAUCCCCUCUGGACAAAAGACAUCACACAUUUGAUUAGGAGAUGCUCUGUUUUAUUACAGGCUUUUCCAAACAAAGUAUUAAGACAGUAGUGUCACUGCUGUCUGUAGCAGACACGUAAUGGUUAACAGGAGGUGUCAAACAAUAUGAAAAGGUGAUGGGAAACUCACCUCCUGAUUUGCUUUAGGUUCAGAGCAGCAUUCUGUUACAUCAACUAUGAAGUGUUUCUGCUUCUGCUAGACUUAAGACAAACUUUAUUGAUCCACAAGGGAAAUUAUUUGGACAUUGUAGCUCACACAUCAUCACUAAAUAUAAUAACAAAAAGCAAAAAUAUACAUGACAAUAAUACAUUCUAAAGAAGUAGCAAAAAUAGCAAGAGACUGUUGUCAUAUAAUGCAUAAUUAUAUAAAUGUAUAUGUAAAAACAAAAAUUAAAUAUAGAAAUCCAGUAAUACAAAUAUAUAUCAGCUAUAUACAAGAGGUGGGUAAGGAGAAACCGAGCAAAGAUGAAGUAGUGAUUGACAUGUCAGAGGGUUAUCUAUUACAUAAAAGUGAGUUUUUGUACAGUUGUAUGGAGUUUGGUAUGAAUGUAGUCCUGUGUCUCUCGCUGUUUGAGUGUAACUGGAGCCUUGAGAAUGAGCUCCUCUGUCCUGCUAUAGUCUGGUGCAGAGGGUGAGCAGAAGUAUCCAUGAUGGAGAGCAGUUUGUCCAGUGUUCUUCAGUUUUGUGCCCUGAGCUUCAUAGUUACAGUACAUUAGUAUUUACAGUAGUUUUGCAGAUAACUACUGAGGGUGGAUUGGGUGAGUGGUCUGGGGAUAACUGCCCUUCAGUGACCUCUGGUACCUGUUGUGUUCAUGUUUUGGCAAAUAGCUGAUGAAUGUAACACUUCCUUGCUACAGGUCAUAAGCAUUUCUUUACAGAGCCACUUAUGAGCAGCACUAUUCUUUAUGCUUUAGCACCAUGUCGCCACACAGACAGCAUUGUGAAAAUGGAUGUGCCAGUGGUGCGCAAACUCUUUUCUUUCUUGUAAGGACUGUGGUGACUUUGACUUUAUUCUUUCAAAGGAUUGUAUUUCUAUUUUAAAAAUUUAGUUUUACAUUUAGGUUUAAAAAUUUAUCAAACCAGAAACAUGUACACUCUAUAGUGGAAAGAAAAAACAACAGAAGUAAUAGUGUCGGAAUAAUAGUAUAAUAUUCAGUUGAAAAAAUACAUGAAAUAAGAUGGCGUAAAUAAUAGAACUUAGGUAGAAAAUAAGUGUAGCAGAGUUCCUUUAUGUAGACUUAUAUGAUAUGAUUUGAGGUUAUGUAUUGGGUUUGGGUUGUAACUAUUAUUAGUCUGUCUGCAUCUCCAAAGCUCUAAAUGCUCUGUUCCACUUUGUGAUGUCAUGAAGCUGUAGUUUUCAAGUUAACGGUUACCUUUAUUUCAGAAGAGAUUGGCAAUUCCAGGGCUAAAAUCAUCCAAACUAUUCUAGUGAACUUGUAUGGAAGUUCAACAACAGGGUGGAGCACUUUCUGUACUACCACAUAACAUCACAAGGUGGAACUGGUAAGGUGGAGUGUUUUCUGUUUUAGAAAAGGAUGCAGCCUAAAUACACAGGGUUUGUGUGUUAAACAUGUGAAUGAAAUAAAACUCAACUCACGGUGUCUUUUUGGCUAGGAAACUACAUUAUAACAGUGUCAAACAAUAGCAUAAUAUGGGCCCAUUAACUAAUGAACACAAUAUAUAUUUUAAAAAAUUGCAACGCAUUGUGGCAGGCCUUUUUUGGGGAGCAGGGUGAGGGGUCAGUCUCACUUGUUUUAAAUGUUAAUGGAGAUGUCUCUGGGUUACAGACACUUUUCUGGAUGAUGGCAGCACUGGCCCCAAUAAGCAUUACGACAGUUGCUGCAAUACUCACAUCUUUAAAGGCACUGAUAUGUUGAUUGCAGCCUGUCAUUCCACAAUGUGAACAUGUUAGGGAGUUUUUCCACCUGCUGCCUCUCAAAGAACUCUUUUAGGAAAGUUUAUAAUGGUUUGGCUAGCAGGGAAUCUUUAACGCUUUGCAACUCUGUACAAUUUCUGAAAGCAUAUAGAUUUUCUGUCAUCUUGUAUUCUAUUCUAUAUGCUAAUAGGGUUAAACAAAAUACGUGUUAAACUUCAUCCUCAAUCUCUUUGGUCUGUAGAAUAACUUAAUUUCUGUGUUAAAUCAUUGUAAUAUAAUUCACAAUUAUGUUAACUGACCAAAGAAAAUAAACAAAUUAACUAAUAUAACAUAUGAAUUGUGUAGUCACUUCAGUGCGUUGAUAAAGAUGAGUUGCCAUAAGAUGACUCCUUAUCUGGUCUGAUGUGGUCUGAUGUGCUCUCAUCUAGUCUUAUCUUGUAUAUGUUAUGUAUUGUGGUUGAAUCUAGGGCAACAAUCAUUUUGCUAAUCAAUCAGCAUUUAUUAUCUCUGAUUAACUAAUUAGAUGUUUAUUUCGCAAAAGGUUUAGAUUUCAGUAAGUUUGACCAAAAUAGUUCUAAAAAAAGCAUUAAAACACUAAAUGCACUUUCUUUGGUGAAGCUUGUGUAUAGUCCAGAAAACAGUUAUCAAAUUAUUCAGUUGGUUGACAGUUACUUCAAUAUUAGACAUGCAAACAGCCCUGGUUGGAUUGUAACACUAGAGGGCACUGGUGACUCAUGGUAGCUGCUAUGAGUGAUAGACUAAACAGAGUAUGGGUAGGAGAAGCAGGUGGACAGAGGCCAGAAGGCAGUCUUUAUCCUCUGUCCCAUCCCACACUGCUGAGCUCACACAGACAUGUCACGGGGCUGUUCAUUUACAACUCUCACAUUGAAAAAGUGCAGGACCAAUACACAGGUCAAUACACAGAGUCUUCACCGAGCAGCCUUUUCUUCUGCUCCAGAGGUUUACCUUGAAACUCAUUUGAAGUCAUUGUGCCCUGGAGCUGUUCAUUGUAUAGCUCCUCAUCUCAACAAGUAGCGACAGUUCACAACUACCUGUAAUAGUGGAUCCCCCGAGACAACUCCAAAGGGAGGCCUGAUUGUCCACUUCUUACGAAUAACAAUAAAGCCAUUUCCCUGUAGUAACCCCAGUUUAGCCCCUAUAGGAUCCUAAACUAUGCUUAGAGGACCACGAGAAGCUUACUUAACUUUGCUAAUACACAAAACUCCCUGGCACUACACAUGCACCAUGAUAGGCCUAACAAAAGCUGAAAAGCAUGUUUAUUACCCCUUUGUAAUGAAACCAAGUUGUAGAAGAGCUAUGAAAACCAAACACACAACACCAAACACUUUUGCAGUUAGGGUAACACUACAGAUUUACAGUAUUAUCUAGUUUGAUACUUUUUGUAUCUAAUAUGUCAACAAAAUAGAGCAAAACCAGGCAGAUUUAUAUGCAAUAACAAUGCAGUUUUUAUCAGUUUGACAAGAUGCUUGUACAUGAAAGCAUGACCUAAUGAAAACCAGUAAUACCUGUCUUUCUUACAUUUAUGAAUGUAAACUACACAAGAAUCUCAAAAUUUUAGAUUUUUUUCCUUUUAUCCUGCAGUGUCUCACCCUAAGUCAGACCUGGGCCUGUUUUACUGUGGCUCCCAUGCAAAUUCUUUGAUAAUCAUUAUUAUAGCUCAGUAACAGAUUACAAUAGCCCAUGUUUUACAGAAAAUUGCUUAUGAGCAUUUGUUAGAAUAGAUUUGAUGAAUUUAUUUGACUGCGUACUUUCAUAAAACACAUGAAUAAACCUGAGUGAAAAAGCCUGAAUUAGCCAAGAGACCAUUUUCCCGUGUUGCACCAAUGCUUGUGUUGGUUCAGCCCUUCUGCCACACGUCUACAUAGUUACUGUUUAGUUUAGUACAUUUAUAUUUAAUAUAUAAAUAUAGGACCAUUGACAUUAUGUCACCAAGAUCUCAGAGUGCCCUGUCCAAAAUGUUCCAGUAGCAUUUAUAUAGUAUUUUUCCAGCAUCCUCAUCACUGUUCUAGUUUCAUGUGGCAGUUGUCCACAUGUCCUCCUGGGUCAGUGUGACGGGAGUUCUGACAGGACAGUUGUUUUGGAUGUUGCAGAUGUUGGAUGUACAGGGACACGGUAAUUGUGUGGUUAUAGCACUGUGAUUGAAGGUAGCAGUGUGGUCAAAGCCGAACGGACCUGCCAUAACCUGUGAUUUGAGCCUCGGCCACACUUUAACUCCAACCAGUCUGAGGGUGACACAGGUCAAAUAUGUUAUCAUAUUUGGGACUGAGAGAAAAGUGAAUGUAUGAACACUGCAUAGCAUACAAUUCUAUGCAAUUGAGAUUUGUCAUGUAAAAGAGAAAAGUGAAGAGUAUGGAAUAAAAACCUUUCGAAAAAUUCCACACAGUUGGUUUCUCACUGCAUUAGGGUCGGUUCAUCUAGCCCAGCAGUGUCCAAACGUUUUUCACAAAGAAACAAAUACGAACAUCUACAACAAACAAAUACAACAUCAUGUAGCGAAGGGCCUUAGACUGGUGUUCAAUACAAAAAGCCUUUCAGAUGCAUAUAUUUUACAGAGCCACAACACCUUUAAGUCUUGGAGCACUAAUUCCAGGACUAAUCACAAUGUAAUAUGAUAAUACAAUGAUAGAACAUUUUAAUUUGCAGUAAAAAAUACUGGCUUUGAUCGUCCAAAUCUGCAGGGAGAUAAAUAUACGUAAGACUGAGGGCUCCAUUUGGUCCCCGGGCAUACUUUGGACACCCCUGUAUUAGACUAAUCGUAAUUACCCACAGGAACUUUAAAGGUUCAUUGUGUAACUUUUCUGGUGGAAGGUCGGUUUGAAGUGUUUUAAUGCUUUUCUUCAUGAGAUGCAAUUGCUUUGUCUGUAAUGUUACACAGUAUGGCAUUAAACCUUUCUAUCUUCAUGGAGACCAAACCACACCAAUUUACAGGUUAAAUCUGUGGAGAGGCAAUCCCGCUCACAGUCAGAAUACCUGUUUUUCUAGGUAUUUUUGAGCUAUAAAACUGUAAUUGAAUACAUGUAAGGUAGAGCUGCUUAAUGUCAUACUGUGGAACAUUCUCAGCAGCGCAGUGACAUAUCCAUAGAAACAAACAGGUGACAUACCCACAUCCAAAAAGUUACAUAGUGCACCUUUAAUAAUUUAAUUUCACUACAGAUAUCCACACUUGACAUAACUGUUAACGGUGGUUUUGCAAAAUCGUAACUGCCAUAAUUUUGAUUUGGAUGUUUGUCUUCCUGUUGUCCUGCUCUUUGUUCUGGCUCCAGCGCCUUAGAUCCAACCAUUGUUUUUUAGCGCCGAAAAGUAAAUUCAUCUCAUUGUAAUUUGUUCUCAGCAAAGCCUGGAUGUAAUGAGUUUGCCACCACAGCCAUGAAGAUUAGAGUGUCAGUGAGGAGAGUUAGCAGGCCAUAGUCCAGGACAGGAGGGAGUGAGGGCCAAGGGGAGGUGAUGCUGCAGUGUGGUCAGUUGGAGUCAGAACAUGGACCUAUAUGCUUCCCUUUCAGAACCUGUUUGGGUUGUGGAGUGAGAGGAGACUUGUGUUGUGCUCGGAGACUGUGAGGUGCAUGUGAGAAAACCUCUGUCCACAGCUGCACCUCAGGACCACUCAUUUGAGCAGUAUUUCCGACUCGGCAAAAACAAGUCAGCAGAAGCUAUUUCAAGUAUGUGUAGUAUGCACGAGAAUUCCUACCUCUCAGACAGUGGAAAAAAGUUUAUCAAUAAAAAUAUGUCAUAGGAAGGUUUUAAGGUUAUGUGUGUGUGUUCUGAACUAAAGAAACUGGACUACGUAACUUAACUAGUGUCAUUUGUACCUUGAUCACAAUGUUUGGAGAGGAGACGUUUGUAUAGGCAAAUCAUUGAACUGUCCAAGUGGUCGGUACAAGAUCUCAUGAAGCCUAAAGUUUGCUUAUUGUUCAAGUAUUAUAUGUGUACAUAAGUCUGUCACAAUAACAAACUUUGAAGUGCUGAAGUAAAUGUAGACAAUAGAUGAUAAUUUUGAAACCAAACCAUAAAGUACAAUUAUUUACAAAACCUUUUCAAAAUGAACAAAAAAAAAAAAAUGAGUUUCAUAAAUAAAAAGCAGAAUACAACAGGUAUUUAGUUAGAAGUUAUUAAUUCAACCCUCUACAGCUCAAAUGUUUCUCAUGUUGUAGAAAAAAAUAAACAAAAAUCCUCACUAGUAUGUGAAAAGGUACACAUUAUAAAUAUUGACCCCCCAAAAUAAAUGUUUUAUCUGUCAUGUAUUAAACUAAGUGGAUAUAGUAUUUAUUUAUCAUGCCCUAUGUAUACAUAUAGUAGACCUAGACUCCUACAUACUAGAUUGUAUUACCAUAAUAAAUUCUGCAGUUUUAAACAUUGUUAUACUGCCUAAAUAGUUUACAUUGUUUGCAUUUCCUAUAACUUCCCUAUGUAGAGAGUUUUCACUAUCAACCUGCACCAAAAACAGAGGAAAAGCCCAGGCGAACAAACGUGUCUCUGGUCACGCUUACAGAGUCCUGCCGAUCCGAGUGUGCAUUAGCCUCAUUAGCAUGUAGCCUGGAUGUAGAUGGAUGGCCUCCCUGUUGGGCUCAGUCAGCGAAUGAUUGAUCUGUUAACUACUGUUUCCCUCACAGGGCAGUGACGGACUGUAGCCCGCGUGUGGGGCUGGAGGAUGGCUCUGUCCUUAGCUGCCUCAGUGGGAAGCCUUUGGCCUCUUUAUUUAUGUCUUCUUCUUUACAUAUUCAUUCUGUUGCAGUCAAACAAAGGGCCACCAUGCCCUUUCACCCUCGGAGCUCUAGGCUGUACUGUAGUGAGAAGGCUUCAUUAUGAUUCUGCAUUAGCUUCAUCACAUAUAGGAGCACACAGGGCUGUAUUUCCUAAAAUGUAGGUGUGUGUAUGGGGCAGUGUAGUGUAGUUGGCCUCAUGUAAAACAUGCUAAACAGAAACAUGCACCUGUCUGGAGGAGCACUUGUAUCCGUGGUAAAUGGAUGUGAUUGGCGGCGGGAGGGAGACGCUUGAUUGAUCUGGACCCCCCUGCUAUGCCUGUGACAGCUCCUGUCAGAGAGACUGCUUGUCCCACAUCACAUGGAUCAUUUGGUGGCCCUCACUACAACCCAUAUUACACUGUAAGUGCAACAUUUACUCAAGCAAGUCACUAAAGGGUCCAUCCCCAAAGCACACUAUUUAAGCUUGCUGCUGUUAUGACACAAUGAGAAGUAGAUCAAACUGAAAACAAACAAGAAACCAAGAGAAAUAUGUCAGAGAAUCGGGAGCAUUUGCACUGAUAUUAAAGUGAGAGCAGAAAAAACAGUACAUCUAUGAGUCUCCCUCAUUAUUUUAUAAGUAAACAGUAAACAAUAGUUUUAUUGGUCCAGUUGAAGUGGGUUUGUAAUGUCUGUCCUGAUAAUACAAAAACAAUCUAAGUAAGCCGUGAAGACAGCAGUCCAUGCUGGUCUUAUAACAGGGGAGGACCAUGUCUUUCUCUCCUUUCCUCUUGUCCUGCUGGAGAACCGCUCACUCUUGUGUGAACAGCAUGUGCUAUAGCCAUUACACACUGCCUUUGAAAUAACCUUGUGUUAAAGUAAUUUAAAACACACAACUGUAGACCAACAAUGAUGGAAAUGGUUAAAGGUAAUGCAUCGUUUACAAGAAAUGUCCAUCAGAAUAAUCAGUAAUCAGAUGGAUAUGGACAUUGUCAGGGGCACUCACAUAUCAUAAUCAGAGCUUCAGAAUCAUGCACACACGCUUAAAUAGUUCACAUUCACAGUGAUCAAUAGUGAAAUCUGCCUGUCACCCAGCUAAAAUGGUAGGGGCUGAUGCAGAUCAAUUGAUUUUUGAUGUUUGGGGUUUUGCAUUUAGUUGUUAAACUAUAAAGCACUGAAUCACUAAUAUCCCUCUGAUUAGAACAGGGCAUAGCAUAAUAUGAUUAAUGAUGUUUUCCAUUGGCCUUACUGCCUUAAUGUCUGCUGCUGUAAGAUGGAGUGUUAAAAUGUUAUCACAACAUAAAAAUGCAAUGGGUUUAUUAUCCUUAUUGUUACACAUUCAAAAUGUUUUUGCAGUCCUUGUUAUUUAUGGUCAGCCUUGUGUUAUGGCAUUAUAAAUAGUGAUAAUUCUGAAACCAAAUGUAAAACCUGCCCAUUAUGUCUGAUAUAAUGAUGAACCAACAGUGCUUAACAAUUCUCAUUUGUGUGUAAAUCAAAACAUUACACUGUCACAAACAGUUAAUAAAAAAUAGAUUUAAAAGCGAUUUUGGAUUUAAAAUUCUGUCAUUGUAGAUAACAUAAGGGCUGUAUGUAAGCACACUAUUAAAAGGGGCAGGGCACUGCCUCCUGUGGAGUUACUGAUGGAUGCCCAUUCCCAGGCCUAAAGGAAAAGCUCACAGAGGGCAAAAAGUGCUCUUAGGGCACAAGAAUUGGACUUGCAGAAAAGCGCAGUUAGACUUAGGGCUUCUGAGUCUGGGGGAGCACACACCAAGAGAGAAAACCUUUGCUGAAGCCCAGAUAUGUAUAGAUUUUGGUUGAUUUGGUCAUGAAAGUCCCUAUGUGUUUCUCUGUUCUAAGUCACUGAUCUAAUAUUGUGAGCUCAUACUGAUCAGCCAUUAGUCACACUUGGGUCUAAACCUCAAGGCACAAUCUUACAAACUCGGCCUUAAAUCUGUGGAGUUUUAAUCCCACCUGAAACAAUUGUUAAUGUCAUGCAGUGUACAGAUCACAAUUCUUUUUUCUUGUUGAGUUUCUGUGAGAUCUCAUAAGACAGCAAUUCUUUUAUUAUGAUCGAUACUGACGAAUAAUUAAUGGUUCACCCAAAUCAAUCAGUCGCGUGCGCAAUCAAACGCCUGUGCGUAAUGGCAUAAUAGACUAAAUGGUCUACUGAGUGCGCAUUAACUCUUAAUCUGUCUUUCAGGUCAUGUUGAUCUGAACAAAUAUAAUAUUCGUUUUCUAAUAAAUAACAGAGUGUCGAACAACGUAGAGGGCUAAGGUAAAUAGCUAUGCACUGUUAUGCGCACCAAACGAGUAGAGUGCUGAUGGGACGUUGUGGUUUCCCGGUGGCUGCUGAAGUGGUGCCAGUAUGGCUAAUGAGGUUUGUUAACGCUAGUUUAAUUAAUAUCUGAUUUAAAGUGAUUCUGGCCUUGUGCGCACGGCUCACUCUGCACCACAGGUAAAGACCAUUUGAGAGGUCAUGGGAGGGCGGGGAGGGUGGGGGUGUCUGCUUUUGUUCUACAGAAAAAGGGGGCCUGUUCUUAGUGCUGCGACCUGCCAUUUUAACCGGGGGUGUGAAUCUGACGCGGGAUAGAUGUGAGAGAACAGAGACGAGUGCGCACCACGGAGGGAUAGCGCAGACAGUGUAGGCAAACAGUGCACGGACUACAGCACCUGGACACCGUCCGGACUGGGACUUGAGCGGACAGGAGAUACAGUGAUGGACUGCGUGACUCGGAACAGGUCCUAAUCGGACAGUCCUGGCGCUUUUCUGUUAGGCUUUUGGAUUUGUGGGAAGUUUAAUUGCGUCUACAGGAUCUCAGAAGGAGCGUAAGAUGAUGGUCCCUACGUAUACUUUUCGGCAUCUGUUGGUGCAUUUCCUGACGUUCUGCUAUUACGCACAAGUAACCAAUCAGUCCCCGCCUAAUUUCACGCAGCACGUGAGUGAGCAGAGCCGGGUGACGGACCGUGUGAGCCGCAGACUCAUUCGCAUGUACCAGCUCUACAGCCGCACCAGCGGCAAGCACGUGCAGGUCCUGCCCAACAAGAAGAUCAACGCUAUGGCCGAGGACGGAGACGUGCACGCAAAACUUAUAGUGGAGACUGACACAUUUGGCAGCCGAGUCCGAAUCAAAGGAGCAGAAACGGGCUUCUACAUUUGUAUGAACAAGAAGGGCAAACUCAUUGGCAAGAAAAAUGGCCAGGGUCGUGACUGCAUCUUCACUGAGAUUGUUCUGGAGAACAACUACACAGCGCUGAGGAAUGCGUGCUAUGAAAGCUGGUAUAUGGCAUUCACACGGAGAGGUCGGCCCCGCAAAGGUUCCCGCACCAGGCAACACCAGCGUGAAGUCCAUUUCAUGAAGAGGCUCCCCAAAGGGCACCAGCACCCACAACCUGUUCACCACCGACCCUUUGACUUCAUCCACUACCCCUUCAACACCAGGACUAAACGCACGCGAUACUCAUCCGGGCGCUGACACCAAAGACAAUGUCCCAUCUUCACACAGGCCUUUCUACUGAGCAUCAGCUUAUACACUGUAGCUUUUCUACUAAUGCCAGAGAUGUAAACUCUAAAGAAUUAUAUUUUUGUAUUUUGGACAGACUUGCUCUGAGACCAAAGAUGGACAUGUGCACACUGUUCAGUAGUAUCAGGGACGUGCUGACAGUGCUGCAGCAGACUCAAAGGGUCUCUGUGCAGGUUCAUAUUGUUCUCAACAUGGGGCGCUUGGUCUCAGUCUGUUCUCAGAGUUGCACACUGCAGCCUUUACUUGUGUAUAAAGAACCACUGCUUAGUCACAUCAGUGACCACUCUAUUUUUUUAAGUUGGAUUUAAAAUAGUGCACUCAGAGUAUUUCCUUAUAGCAAUAGUCCCUGACCUGCACGAGGGUUAUUGUGUGAAUGUAAGUGUAGAUGCUGAUACAGUCAGGUCACUCCAAUGAUUCACACAGUUCAUUCUUUCAUGUUUAAAUGUUUGAAUGAGGACUACAUGUACUGAUAAAGAAGUGAAACUGAGCACGCAGGCAGCAAGCUCAUUAUGAACUAUUGUGGCAGCUAAACAACUCUUACCCCCUUUGUGUGUUACUGAUUGUAUGUUGUUUUUAUACAUAUAAAAUAUAUUUUUAUUUGAAAAGCUGUAAAAUUAUGUAUGAAAUAUUUAUUUAUAAUGUGUAAAAUGUACAAUAGAAAAGUGAUAUUAAAGUCUGGUUUGAUAUAAAUGCCAUGUGUCAUCUCUCACUUCUGAGAGGAAGACAGAAUCUCUCUAGUUUUUUAUUUAUUUACACAUUCUUUGCACAUGAACCUUUGAUUUUCAACCACUGUGUGCCAUUUUCAGAACCAGAUCACUAUUGAGGCAUUUAUUGUCUCUCAUAUUGACUAUUGUUUUAAUCCCAAAAUUAAUUAAAAAUUACAUUAAACGGGGAAGCAAAACUAAAAUAAAAAUCCAAGACUUAAAAAAAGUAAAACAAUAAAAAUGAAGGCGCUAAG